GGCAAGGUGGCGGAGUACCAUGCUUGGCUUAUGAGGCAAGCCAAGAGGUACAUUUUGACGCAGACUGGUUUCGAGUUGGACGGUGAAGAUAACAUCGUUGCCUGUCGACAGUUUGAGGACUUCUACAUGCAUCAGAGCAGGUUUGGUGAUUGGGGCGGGGCUGAGGGGCAUGCUCGUGGGCGAGCGUGUAGCGGUGACGCCGAGACGAUCGAGUGCGCAUCUUGGUGCUCCCAGUUCGGGGCUAGCACGCCUGAGUUGCAGCGGUGCGCUCUUCGUGUGAUGCACAUGUGGUCCUGCGCCUCUCCCGUGGAAAGGAACUGGGCAGUCCACGAGGGCAUCCACACGAAGAAGUGCAACAGGUUGGCCUUCGAGAAGGUCGUGCAACUCGUUGAGAUCACCGCAAAUGUGCGGUUGACAGAGUAUCGGCGGGUAGGAUGCCGUUAUGUGCUGCCAUGGCAGCGGGAGGAGGGCAUGCUCGGCUGCCAGGCAGGACUCGAGGUGGAGCUGGUGCGCACAGGCAACCGCAAGGGGAUGACAGAGCAGAAGAUUGCCCAGCAAGUUGCACUUAUAGCGCGUGAUCCCAUCGAGACUUCCGCACCGCCCUCUGGAGAUGCUGUUUGUGAGAGACGUGCUUGUAUUUUCCGUCCCUACCCCGGGGACGAUGACUCGGAUGACGAACGGGCACCCGAGGCAGCAGAUGACCCCACGCUCCCCAUUCCCCAUGAGAUCGAUGAGACGCACGACGAUGCCAACGACGCGGAGACGAGGACAUACACCGCACGACGUGCGGCGGACCGGGCGGAGAGGGAGAUGAUGGGGGGAGGCGAGGAUUGUUGGGGCCCUUUCGGGGAGGUGGCUUUUAUGCGUCAUGUGCACGAUAACAGAGUCUGGGGGUCUCAUCACGGACUUCUGCAGAGAUUUGCGGUGGUCUGCCGGUUGAGGUUAAGAUCACGUUCCCCGAGGGUCUUGCAGGAGGACGGUGGCCACCGUGCCACCUUGGCGGACAAGGGGGGGGUAAGCCCGAGUGGAGGAGGAGGUAGCAGCAGUGGCAACAAUGAAGGGGGAGGUAGCAGUAGCAGCAGUGGAGGAGGAGGUGCUAGCAACAAUGGCAGUGGAGGGGGAGGUAGCAGCAGUGGAGGAGGAGGUAGCGGCAGCGGCAGCGGUGCCGGAUGUUGCUAUGGAGCAUGAUGGUGCGGACGCCACUAAGGGCAGUGAGGACCAUACAGCUGUUUAUCAGGGAAGAGCUUGAUCUGGUCGUGGGGGGUUUCACCCCUGGUGUGGCGAGGGGGUUGGGGAUGUCUCCUCCCACAGGGUGGUCAGGUAUGAGUCGGCACCGUUGGCGC